CCGCUGCUCUGGGUAUAUCCGCGCUCUCUCUGGGGAGGACGCCCUGGACGGGUUGGGGGUCACACUCUAUACUCACAGGUCAGCCAAAGUCAAAUUCUUCAGCCAGCCAAUGAUACGCCCAUCACCAGCAUUGCUGUCUGAGACUCCCGAGGGAUCGAUAAGUAGCAUCCGUGUUCCCCUGCUAUCCCUUCCCCUUGCCAUCCCUCCCCGUCAGGAUUUGGACGGCUGCUUGUCAUGCGAUGCACCGGCUUGCCGUGCAGCAGGAGAAGGGGGGAGGUUGAAGCUUUUCGGGGAGAUCUUGGGGAAACAGACGCUGCAAGCGCGCGGUAGGGUUUAACAGCCGUGUGUGAAUGGCUGCAAAGCGUGAGUGUAAGUGGGCGUGUCGUGUGCGAGAUGUUGCAUGGCUCGGCCAUCCGGUCUAUCUGUCUCCAGGCCGGUUCGAUGGUGGUGGCAUUCGCGGUGAUCCGUCCUAUCGUAGAAUCUGAUGGUGGCCAUCCCGUACAUACUGACUUACAACAUCCGCAUAUCCGCACCUACAUCCAUCCAUACAUCGUCCAUACAUACAGGUCCCUCCCUUUGCCCAUACAGUAUCUUGCUGCGGUGCGUUGCUGCAGCGGGCAGAUGUUCGGAGAACGCUCCCUCCUCCAUCCAGUUCUUUCUUUGCCCUUCGCCUUGAGUCUUUUGCUCUUUUGCCCCCUCAGUCCCAGUCUCAGGUCGCCCGCCUCUCCCUAUCCCUCCCUUCCCUUCCCUGCUACUUCUCACUUCUCACUUUUUCUCUGCCUUGCCACCCCACCUGCUCCUCCACAGCCCUUUUUCCACUAAGCACAAGGACCAAGACCAAGUAGAAGAGAGCACU